AUGCAGGAUACUGGAGAGGUGGCGUUUCUUUUGAAUUACUUCUGGUUGUGUCAGCUUAGUUGGAUGAUUGUAGAAGCUGUGAUAUUGUACAACGCUUUAGUCAAGGUAUUUGGAACGUACACCAGGAAUGCUUUGUUGAAGUACAGUGUGUUUGGAUGGGGUAUCCCGAUCAUAUUUCCCCUCAUCGGGGUGGCUUGGAGUAGUGGAACUGGAGUGCCAUUUGCUGAUCCGAAAACAUGCUUCAUCAAGUACCCUUACGGACUAGUUAGUUUCUAUGGACCUGUCGUGUUAGGAGUAGCUUCCAACUGGAUUAUGUUCAUCUUCAUUGCACGUGUUAUUUUGAUAGCAACCAAGACUAAGGCUCAACAAACUGGCGAUUCAAACACCAAACUGAGAAUCUUCCUUAAAUGA